GAAUGGCUUCGAUGGUUUGAGAAGCAUCCUGUGCCUUCUUUGCAGCAUGUGGCUGAGGUUCUCCAGGCACCGGCCACCGAAGAUGUGCUGGAAGAAGUUUGGACGGAGGUUGAGCAGAUUGAGACAGAGACGCCGGAGAUGCUGACGUCACCAAGUAGAUUUUGUGACAUUGUUGAUGCUGUUGGCCGACUCCUCUUUCACCACUUCCAACGCUUGCCGCCGCGAGCGGCCGCUUCCUCUGAAACCUGGGAGCGGCGCCUGCAUUCUUGUGACACCGCUUGGGAGGCCGCAGCGGGCCUUCUCCUCGCCCGCGAUGGCACGCAGACGACAAAAGCCAUCAAGCUCUUGGCAAGAUCGAAGGCUAAAAGCGCAGCCUUACGACUUGCCGUUGCGCAACACAGUAACGGGAAUCAUCAGGCAGUGAGUGGCCUGGUGGAGAUUGUAAAGCAGGAGAUGGAUGGCAAUGGCGAUCAGGUAGACGACGCGGAACUUUUGCUCUCCAUGUUUGGUUUCUUAGCUGCGACCUCGGGCCUCCAUGGAGACCUGGCCACUCGGGCGCUCCAAUGGGCUGCAGAAGGCCGUGGCCGCGGAGCAUUGGAGGCUUCUCUUUAUUCGACGAGCAUGAAAGGUCUGUUGCCCUUUGCGCUUUGCCAGCGCGUCUACUUGUUGGAGAGGGAUUUGCUGUUUCAGCCAUCCAGCUGCCUCCAUAGGCUGGAGCUGGCAGUUCUCUUGCAGCAGGGUGCCACUGCUAUUAAGGAGCCGAGAGCUUUGGGUUUGGCCAAGAGCUUUUUGCUGGAUUUCCCAUUCCAGUGCCCAGCCUUGGCUUCAGAAUUGUCUGGAAUGGGCGUCUCCUGGCUUGAUGCACCCGACGCGAAGACGAAGAGCAUCGGCUUGGCGGGAGAUCUUCAUGCUGUCAGCGCGAUCCGCACGGGAAUUCGCGCAGCGAACUACGCUUUGUGGCACCGUGCCAAUGCCUCGCACAGCACAAAUCAACACCAGGAGGUGGUCCGAGCCUCGAAGAUCGUGGAGGAUCUGCGACGUCGGCCGCCGCGACGGUGCGACGCGACGGAGCCUCCACGACCGACGCGACUCUUCCGUCCACCUCGGGCGGAUGCGGUGCUGGGCAGCGCAUGCCCCGAGGUGACCAAAGAACAUUUGCAAACGUGUUUGCGACAGUCAUCACCCUGUGUGCUUCGCCAAGCUGCAAAAUUGCUGGAAGGCCCUGGCACCCUUGAGAACUGGCUUCAAAUAGCUGCCAAUGCCACAGUGAGAGUCUCAUUUCCCUACACCUUCGAGAUGAGCGACAGAUCAGGCGCAGCUGGGGCCUCCUCUUCAUUGAACCGCAUCUUGAAGACUGCGGAUUUGAAGAUUGAGGCGCUGAGUCCAGAGUCGCCGCUUUGGACUCUGCUUCGCCCAGGCUCGUGGCAUAUGCGCUUUGCUGAUGCGGUGUCGUGGGCGCAACGACAUCCGUCCCAGGAGAUCUACCUGAACCAAGCACAGGUGGCGGAUCUGGGUUCUGAAGCUCUCGCAGCGCUCCACACGCUGCUGCGCAGCACCGGACUUGGUGCUGCCAUGGGCCCGCUGCAGCUGCUACAGCCGUCGCUGUGGCUGUCCUCGGGUGUGGUUACCACUGGCUACCACGUUGAUGGUCCGGAGAAUCUUUUGAUCCAGGUCACGGGCACAAAGGAAGUGUCUCUUUUGAAGCCCAGCGAGAAAGAGAAGCUUCAGUACGAGGAGGUAGUCGACGCCGAGCCCCAAGUGGACCUGACACCAAAUGGCGAAGUCCAGCUGGGAGCUGUGCGCAACUUGCAUCGUCGCAGUAGAGGCCAUUCCCUCCUAGAUGUGGCCGGAUCAUCUGCAGUGCCUGAAGAGUUCUUGGAGACUUACCAGGAGGCUCAAGGCAUCUCAUGCCAAAUUCAUCCGGGUGACGUUUUGUACAUUCCAUCUGGCUGGCACCAUGCUGUUUUCACAGUGCCGGAUGAGCAUUGCGUUGCUUUGAGCUUAAAUCUUUGGUACCACCGGCCGCGGGAAGAACCGACCAGCACUGCCAAGGAUACCAAGGUUAUGGCUUCGCUGGAGCCGCUGGCCACCUUCGAUGUGCGCCGCGCUGUGGCGCUUGAGGCGCCACCAGGCUUCAGCCUGCUGGACGGAGGAGAAGAGGAGGCCGUGCGGGAACAUUGUACAGCCGCGCAUGCCAGAGAGCUCUCUCUCACUCCAUCAGAGCCUGAGAGCCAGGCUGAACGCAAUGCAGAUUUCCUCGGGCGAUUGCAUCAUUUUAAAAACCUCUUUCGAAUGUCGGCGACUGAUCAUCCCGUUUCAGUGAUGAUCCACAAAGUGGGACCUAUGCUGAUCUUGGACGAUGGGCCUCGUCUUGCAAAUCGUGGAGUGGGAGUGCCUCCCGACGCUGGUAUCGGCCUCGACCAUGAGCAGUCGUUGAUGCUGGCAGAGUUGGACCCAUCCUUGGAGAUGGCCCUGGGUGCUUUGGGUGAAGAAACUUCUUCAUUGGCCUCUUUGGCGCCCGAACUGAAGAAUCGUCUUUGCGUGAAAAACACUUUCUUGGACAUUGAUGAAGGCUCUGACUAUGAAAGUUUGGGCCGCGCACAGAGCGCACCUGGUCGCGUAGAUUGCGAUACCCCUCGGUCAAUGAUUUCUGAAGCAGAUCACCUGGCUCACCAGACAGCCCAAUCAGGUGCCGAGGCGGUGCGACAGCAACUGCAGGAACACAUCGAGCGAGCUGCUAAUGCCUGGUCUUUGAUUCCCUAUGAGCCUGGAGACACUAGCAACGAACUGGCUGCAAGACAUUGGGAACUGUUACAGUGUACAUCUGGCAAAGGCAAUCCAGGUGCUGUGGUGGAGGCAGUCCGCUCGCUCUUUGAGAUCCCACCCCAGCCCAGUCGUUUUGGCCGAGCAGUUGAAUGGCGCUGUGGGCCGUAUAAGAUUUUGCUCGGCUGCGACUUGGUGGUGAUGCAAAGUGCCGAGAAGUGCGACCCCACAGACUUCGCAUCCUUUAAGAUGCUUCCUGACGGGUCUGGAGCCCUCCCUUCUCGCGAUGAUCGACUGGACAUGUACCUGGAGAACAUGAUGUGUGACAUCAGCAAGGCAGUUUGGGGUUCGCCCCAAGGCGACGGCUCUUCGACCUGGCGAGUCUUUAACACAGCUGAUCUUCCCUCUCCAGGUGACGGGGAAGAUUUCAAUGCGAAGCAAAUUCACCAACACUCUCAGCAGCUUCUCCACUUCUUAAAGCAGAGAUGUCGCCGGCAAGGAGGGACUUACUGGCUCUUUCGGGAGGCGAAUUCAUCGGCCGCAGAGCUCUUUGAUCUGACCGAAGAGUUGACAGUCGAGAACUGGGACGUGGACAGCUCAAACUCGGCCUUCAGGACUACACCCUCACUGGCUCCCCCGAUUGCUUCCCUUUGUGCACAUUUGGCACAAUCCAUGGCGCAAAACGAAGAAAAGAGGCAGCUUCUGCAAAAGGCUGUGCACUUGUUGGAACCGCUGAAGGAGGAUCACUUUGGCCUUUAUGCCAUGACCGCGUUGGAACUCGCGUCACUUUAG